CAUCGAAAUAUAUUUGAGCUUAGUAGCGAGUCGAGUGCUCAGACGCGAUGUAUCUUUUCCUCUUUGUUGUGGCUGCAGCAUCUUGCCUCACGGACGCGAAGCAUCUCCCUGCCUAUAUAAAACCGUGCAAGAAAGCGGAUCCGAAUUUUAGGCAAUGUGUUAUAAAAAGCGCCUCCGAAACUCUACCUCACAUUAUGAAAGGUGACAAGGAGUUCAAGAGUCCAGUUUUGGUACCAUUCAAAAUAUCCGAGAUAACUAUAUCUCCCAGUGAACAACUGACCAUAAAAUUAAAAGAUGUAACUCUUCGAGGUCUUGAAAACGCUGUAGUAGAAGAUAUGAAUUUCGAUUUGGAGAAGAAACACGUCUCUGCAAAGCUCUCGUUCAAAUGGAUUUCUAUUGAGGGAGAAUAUGAGAUUGAUGGCAGAAUAUUAGUUCUGCCUAUAAAAGGACAUGGACCAGCAAACAUUUCAAGCGAUAACUUGGUUGUUGACUUCUCGUUCGAUUACAAACUUGUUACAAAACAAGAUGGAAAGGAAUAUUUCAACACUGACAUUAAUCCAAUCGUCAGUUAUACUAUAACAGACAACCACUUUUAUUUCGGAAAUUUAUUCAAUGGAGACAAAACAUUAGAGGAAGGAACCAACAAGUUUCUCAAUGAGCAUUGGAUGGAGGUUUACAAAGAUUUCCAAGGAGCAAUAUCAGAAACUAUUAAGUCUGUCAGUGCUGAUAUUAUUAAAACAUUUAUCAGCACAGUACCCUACGAUGAAGUGUUUCCUUGAUUUUUGAGCAGCUUUCAAAUUGUUUGUUCUUGUUGUUAUUGUAAUAAAACUCGCUCGAAAAUGUUAUUCGCAGUUCACUGCCUUUUUGGUUAAAAAUUUUGUUUUGAAAUAAAUGUUGACCUAACACUUUUUUUUAUUUAUGAAUGAAAUAAUCGGUAUCUAUGUCUGCUUCUAUAUGUAUCUAUAAUGUAUCUCUGUUUAAUUCUCCACAAAUGGUAAGUCUACAUCUGCCUGUCUAUUUUAUCAAUAACUAUGUUUUUAACUGCACGCUUUUUCCCCUUUAUAUGCAUAUUCAGUAAAAAAAUGAAAUAUAUUUAUUAAUUAUAUAACAUAACAUUUUUUAUAGCCUUUCCAGAUUACUAAUAACUCAUUUGCAU